ACAUGAUAUAUCUCGUGAAAGGCUUUUAUUCCCUCCAAAACGGUGAGUAAAUGCUAGCGGCUAAUGGCUAAAACAAUAGGCACAAAUCAAAAUUAAAGCAUCUGCUGUCGGUGAAUCUCACAAGAAGACUUAUAACAAUUAUAGAAAGCAAUCUCUCUUCUUUCUUUUUUUUACAAAUAUAUUAUCCAACAACUCAAUUCUCUUCUCUUUUCAUUUACUCGUUAUAGCAAAUUCUUGAAUAUUUGUGGACAUUUCUUGAAAAAUAACAAUGGAUGCUUUAUGGAAUUUGGAAGAUAAAUGGAAACUGUCAACUCAAGAAUCUGUUGCAUUUUUAGUUUGCACUUGUUGUUUAGUUAUUGGUGUUUGCAUGGUUACUGUUUUGAUCAAAAGAAGAGCAGCAAAUAGGAGAAAAGGGUUAGUAAGUCAAGAACCAUGCAUGGAUAUAGAAUGGUCCGAGCCAAAGUUACUGGGGUUGAGUAGUACUACUGUGAAGAAGGUGUUGAAGAGCUCGGUAAGGUGGAGCAGCGCGAGCAAGUGGGAGGAGAAAAGAAGCAGGAGUCAUACGGAGAGAGUUUCUCCGUUGCUUGUUGCUGAAGGUCAACUUGAAGGCGAUUCUUAUAGGUGGCAGAGCCAUAAUUCGGAUUCGCCUGUGUGGCAAAGGCCUGUACUUUUGGGUGAAAAGUGUCAGACGAAGAGUGUUACUCCGUUAUCCGUUGUUAGAGGACAACUUGAAGGCGAUUCUUGCAGGUGUUUGGAUUUACCUGUGUGGCAAAGGCCUAUGAUUAUGGGUGACAAGUGUCAAACAGAGAAAGUUUCUCCUUUACCUGUUGUUGGAGGUCAACUUGAAGGCGAUUCUUGCAGGAGUUUGGAUUUACCUGUGUGGCAAAGGCCUAUGAUUAUAGGUGACAAGUGUCAAACAGAGAAAGUUUCUCCUUUACCUGUUGUUGGAGGUCAACUUGAAGGCGAUUCUUGCAGGUGGCAUAGCCACAGUUUGGAUUUACCUGUGUGGCAAAGGCCUAUGAUUAUGGGUGACAAGUGUCAAACAGAGAAAGUUUCUCCUUUACCUGUUGUUGGAGGUCAACUUGAAGGCGAUUCUUGCAGGAGUUUGGAUUUACCUGUGUGGCAAAGGCCUAUGAUUAUAGGUGACAAGUGUCAAACAGAGAAAGUUUCUCCUUUACCUGUUGUUGGAGGUCAACUUGAAGGCGAUUCUUGCAGGUGGCAUAGCCACAGUUUGGAUUUACCUGUGUGGCAAAGGCCUAUGAUUAUGGGUGACAAGUGUCAAACAGAGAAAGUUUCUCCUUUACCUGUUGUUGGAGGUCAACUUGAAGGCCGAUGGCAGAGCCACGAUUCUUCGUUGCUUGUUGCUGGAGGUCAACUUGAAGGUGAUUCUGCUCGGUGGCAGAGCCAUCGUUCAGAUUCGCCUGUGUGGCAAAGGCCUAUACUUAAGGGUGAAAAGUGUCAAACAGAGAAAGUGUCUCCAUUGUUUGUUGUUGGAGGUCAACUUGAAGGCGAUUCUUUCCGUAGGCAGAGCCACAAUUCGGACUCGCCUGUGUGGCAGAGGCCUAUACUUAUGGGAGAAAAAUGUGAGCUUCCAAGAUUCAGUGGGCUAAUUCUCUAUGAUGAAAGAGGAAGGCCAGUGCAUCAUGUUGACAAUGACCAAUUCAGCAGUUAUCAGGAAAAAGCAGAUGUUGUUGGGAGAACUACCCUUAGGGACUUGUUUUGACAUUUCUGAAAUAUGUCACCAAUUUUUGUAUAUGAAAUAGAUUUCAAUUACCUCCUAUUAGCUUUUGGAUGGUUACUUUGAAAAUGGUGUCCAAUGUAUUAUCUAUCAAUUGAGAAGGAAAAAUGAAGCAAAUGUAGAAUCCAGA